CGGGUCCCACAGACCACAUCACAAUGAACAGAUCACAGAAAUUUUUCUUUUCAAUCCCCUGCUGCUAUAUAAAUCCUAGGAUGAACAUCGCAGCCUCCCGUUCGCCACAUUUUAUUGGCUUUGUUAAAGAGAACGAGAACGAAAAGGAAAUAUAUGAGCAAAACCCUUGUUUGAUCUUUGUAUAGUGCAUAUACAUAUAUAGCAAUUAUCUUCUCAUAUAUAUAAAUAUAUAGACAGGGAGAUUAGAGAAGGGGACAAUGGCGGACGCGUUCUGCUCGGACUGCAAGAAGCAGACGGAGGUGGUGUUCGACCACUCGGCUGGAGAUACGGUGUGUUCAGAGUGCGGGCUGGUGCUGGAGUCGCACUCCAUCGAUGAGACCUCCGAGUGGAGAACCUUCGCCAACGAGUCGGGAGACAAUGACCCCGUUCGUGUUGGUGGACCUACCAAUCCCCUCCUUGCCGAUGGCGGCCUCUCCACCGUCAUCGCCAAGCCCAACGGCGCAUCUGGGGACUUCCUCUCCUCCUCCCUUGGCCGAUGGCAGAACCGCGGCUCCAACCCCGAUCGGGGGCUGAUCCUCGCUUUUAAGACAAUAGCCACUAUGUCCGAUAGGUUAGGCCUUGUUGCAACCAUCAAGGACCGGGCUAACGAGAUAUAUAAAAAGGUGGAAGAUCAAAAGUCUAGUAGAGGAAGAAAUCAGGAUGCUCUAUUGGCUGCCUGCUUGUAUAUUGCAUGUCGGCAGGAGGACAAACCACGCACUGUUAAGGAAAUUUGUUCGGUUGCCAAUGGAGCCACCAAGAAGGAAAUUGGCCGAGCAAAAGAAUACAUAGUCAAACAACUAGGAUUGGAGACUGGUCAGUCAGUCGAGAUGGGAACUAUACAUGCUGGAGACUUUAUGAGGCGUUUUUGCUCCAAUCUUGGCAUGACAAAUCAAGCAGUUAAGGCUGCCCAAGAAGCUGUUCAGAAAUCUGAAGAGUUCGAUAUAAGGAGGAGUCCCAUAUCAAUUGCAGCUGCAGUUAUUUAUAUUAUAACCCAACUGUCAGAUGAUAAGAAGCCUCUCCGAGACAUCUCAGUUGCUACAGGAGUGGCCGAGGGGACAAUCAGAAAUUCAUACAAGGAUUUAUAUCCUCAUGUGUCGAAAAUAAUACCGGCCUGGUAUGCAAAAGAAGAGGAUCUUAAAAAUCUCUGCAGCCCUUGAAGUGUAAAGAAUAACGGGAAUACAGCAAAACUUGAUUACUUAUGGAGCAUUUCUUUGAAUGUAUUAGAAUGGUCUUGUGGAGGUACAAGGAGCGGAUUAAGUUCUAUCUUCAUUUUUUGAGCAAUCAACUAAACAAAGAGGUCUGGUGCUCUGCUCUAGUUUGUGCUUCAACUUGUUACAAAAUUAACUAGUGAAUUGUUGAUUCAUGAGGAGGGCUGUUUCUUUGAUGGUAUUUCAAAUAUUUUUUUAGUAAUGAUGUGUAAACAACACCUCCAUUUUGUGGCACUAUUCUGUCGAAAGAUUCUCUGUGCUCCCCCCUGUCUCUGUUCCAUAUGGUACCCUUGGACUACUUGGGAGGAAGCCUGUAUUGUCAGGAAUCAGGAUUGUCCCUUAUAUCCUAGAAUUGGUCUCCGCCUGCAAUAGCAGAAAGAUGGAUAUUUACAUGUCCUAGUUAAUAAAAUUUUUAUAGGUGAUGAUAUAGUUGUGUUUA